CGCACUCGCGCAGGCGCGGGCACGGCGGUGGCGCGCGCGUGCUCCGUCGGGCGGUGCAGCGGCUGCGACUGAGCCGGCCAUGGUCGUGGGCGGUGGGCGGGUGUCGCGCUGAAGCCCCGAAGGCAGCAGGAGGCUGAGUGCCGGGCAUGCGGGUGCGGGAGCCGGGCGGGUGCCGCCGCGGGAGCUGCUGACGGCGCUGCGGGAUCGGGAGCCGGUGGCGGCGCGCGGGGCAGUUUAUCUUUUAACCUGAAAAAGACCUUCAUGAAUUCUUCACCUUUAAAAAUACGUAAUGUCAUCCGUUCCUAGAAGACUGAAAUGGGGGCUGUUAUUUUGAGCACCUCAAGGUUAUGAAUGUGCUUCCGCUCUAUAAUGCCUCCUGCUAUGGCAGACAUCCUUGACAUCUGGGCAGUGGAUUCACAGAUCGCAUCUGAUGGCUCCAUAUCUGUUGAUUUCCUUCUGCCCACUGGCAUUUAUAUCCAGCUGGAAGUACCCCGGGAAGCCACCAUUUCUUAUAUUAAACAGAUGUUAUGGAAGCAAGUUCACAAUUACCCAAUGUUUAACCUCCUUAUGGACAUUGACUCCUAUAUGUUUGCAUGUGUGAAUCAAACUGCUGUAUACGAGGAACUUGAAGACGAAACACGAAGACUUUGUGAUGUUAGACCUUUUCUUCCAGUUCUCAAACUAGUGACUAGAAGUUGUGACCCAGCAGAAAAAUUGGACUCAAAAAUUGGAGUCCUUAUUGGAAAAGGUCUUCAUGAAUUUGAUGCCUUGAAGGAUCCUGAAGUGAAUGAAUUUAGAAGAAAAAUGCGCAAAUUCAGUGAGGACAAGAUUCAGUCUCUAGUGGGGCUGUCUUGGAUUGACUGGCUAAAGCACACGUACCCCCCUGAGCAUGAGACAUCUGUCCUGGAGAACUUGGAAGAUAAACUUUACGGAGGAAAGCUGAUCGUAGCUGUGCAUUUUGAAAAUAGCCAGGAUGUAUUUAGUUUUCAAGUGUCUCCCAAUUUGAAUCCUAUAAAAAUAAAUGAAUUAGCAAUCCAGAAACGCUUGACUAUUCAUGGAAAGGAAGAUGAAGCUAGCCCCUACGACUAUGUGUUACAAGUCAGUGGGAGAGUGGAGUAUGUAUUUGGCGAGCACCCACUAAUUCAGUUCCAGUAUAUCCGAAAUUGUGUAAUGAAUAGGACCCUGCCCCAUUUCAUUCUUGUGGAAUGUUGUAAGAUCAAGAAAAUGUAUGAGCAAGAAAUGAUUGCUAUAGAGGCUGCCAUCAACCGAAACUCAUCCAACCUUCCUCUCCCUUUACCACCAAAGAAAACACGAGUUAUUUCCCAUGUUUGGGACAACAACAACCCUUUCCAAAUUGUCUUGGUGAAAGGAAAUAAGCUUAACACAGAAGAAUCCGUAAAAGUCCACGUCAGAGCAGGUCUCUUCCAUGGAACUGAGCUCCUGUGCAAAACCGUCGUAAGCUCAGAGAUCUCAGGAAAAAAUGACCAUGUUUGGAAUGAACAGCUGGAAUUUGAUAUUAAUAUUUGUGACUUACCGAGAAUGGCUCGAUUAUGUUUUGCUGUUUAUGCAGUUUUGGAUAAAGUAAAAACGAAGAAAUCAACAAAAACCAUUAAUCCCUCUAAAUAUCAGACCAUCAGGAAAGCUGGGAAAGUGCACUAUCCUGUAGCAUGGGUAAAUACGAUGGUUUUUGACUUCAAAGGGCAGCUGAGGUCUGGAGACGUAAUACUGCACAGCUGGUCUUCAUUUCCUGAUGAGCUGGAAGAAAUGCUGAAUCCCAUGGGAACUGUCCAGACGAACCCGUAUGCUGAGAACGCGAGUGCCUUGCAUAUUAGGUUCCCAGAGAAUAAAAAGCAGCCUUAUUACUACCCUCCCUUUGAUAAGAUCAUCGAGAAGGCAGCUGAGAUUGCCAGCGGAGACAGUGCUAAUGUGUCAAGUCGCGGUGGAAAAAAAUUUCUGGCUGUACUGAAAGAAAUCUUGGACAGGGACCCCCUGUCUCAGCUGUGUGAGAAUGAAAUGGAUCUCAUCUGGACUCUACGGCAAGACUGCCGAGAAAAUUUCCCACAGUCACUGCCAAAACUCCUCUUGUCAAUCAAGUGGAAUAAACUUGAAGAUGUUGCUCAGCUUCAAGCCCUCCUGCAGAUUUGGCCCAAACUACCCCCCAGGGAAGCACUGGAGCUCCUAGAUUUCAACUAUCCAGACCAGUACGUCCGGGAGUAUGCUGUAGGCUGCCUGCGACAGAUGAGUGAUGAAGAACUUUCUCAGUAUCUUUUACAAUUGGUGCAAGUUUUGAAAUACGAGCCUUUUCUUGAUUGUGCCCUCUCUAGAUUCUUAUUAGAAAGAGCACUUGAUAACCGGAGGAUCGGGCAGUUUCUAUUUUGGCAUCUUAGGUCAGAGGUGCAUAUUCCAGCCGUGUCCAUACAGUUCGGUGUCAUCCUGGAAGCGUACUGUCGCGGAAGUGUAGGCCACAUGAAAGUACUUUCCAAGCAGGUUGAAGCACUCAAUAAGUUGAAAACCUUAAAUAGCUUAAUCAAGUUAAAUGCGAUGAAGCUGAACAGAGCUAAAGGGAAGGAGGCCAUGCAUACUUGCUUGAAACAGAACGCUUACCGGGAGGCCCUCUCCGAUCUGCAGUCACCUCUGAACCCAUGUGUCAUCCUCUCAGAACUCUCUGUGGAAAAGUGCAAGUACAUGGACUCCAAGAUGAAGCCAUUAUGGCUGGUCUACAGCAAUAGAGCGUUUGCAGAGGACUCUGUUGGGGUGAUCUUUAAAAAUGGCGAUGAUUUGCGGCAGGACAUGCUGACACUGCAGAUGCUGCGCCUGAUGGACCUGCUCUGGAAAGAGGCCGGCCUGGACCUUCGGAUGCUCCCCUAUGGCUGCUUAGCAACAGGAGAUCGCUCUGGCCUCAUCGAGGUUGUGAGCACCUCUGAGACAAUCGCUGACAUUCAGCUGAACAGUAGCAACGUGGCUGCCACAGCAGCCUUCAACAAAGACGCGCUCCUGAACUGGCUCAAGGAGUACAAUUCUGGGGAUGACCUGGACCGAGCGAUUGAGGAGUUCACCCUGUCCUGUGCUGGCUACUGUGUAGCUUCUUACGUCCUUGGUAUCGGUGACAGGCACAGCGACAACAUCAUGGUGAAAAAAACUGGCCAGCUCUUCCACAUAGAUUUUGGACAUAUUCUUGGAAAUUUCAAAUCUAAAUUUGGCAUUAAAAGGGAGCGAGUACCCUUUAUUCUUACAUAUGACUUCAUUCACGUUAUUCAACAAGGAAAAACUGGUAACACAGAAAAAUUUGGCAGGUUUCGCCAGUGCUGUGAAGACGCUUAUCUGAUUUUACGGCGGCAUGGGAAUCUCUUCAUCACUCUCUUUGCACUGAUGUUGACUGCGGGGCUUCCUGAGCUCACAUCAGUCAAAGACAUACAGUAUCUUAAGGACUCUCUUGCCUUAGGGAAGAGUGAAGAAGAAGCACUCAAGCAGUUUAAACAGAAGUUUGAUGAGGCGCUCAGGGAAAGCUGGACUACUAAGGUGAACUGGAUGGCUCACACAGUCCGGAAAGACUACAGGUCUUAGCACCAGCCUCCGCCGGCUCCCGACAGACUUGUCCGUUUGUUCCUUUCCAUUUUGCACUUGCACUAAAUUGAACAUGACCCUGCCAGAAAUGCAAAGGGAAUGAAAUCCUGAAGCUCAGAGGGAAAUCAAGAACGAGGCGUCCCACAGAGCUGGAUCUGAACCACCCUGAUGGUCACCCUGUUUCUGAAAUGCUUCCAGGACUCAUCAUGAAUAUUCCCAACAGCAUGGAGGACCCUCUCCUGCUGACCUUGCACGCCGAGGAAUGCUACUAGGGACUGUUUGGGAUCUCCUCCUCCUCUUCCUCCUCUUCUUUAGUAUUUGGUACUUUACCAGAGAGGUGUAAAUACUUCUUUUCAGUAUUGUGACCAAGUGCUGCCACUCAGCCAACAAGUUAUCACAUUUGGGGGCUGGGAGCUCUUCUGAUUGUCCAAACAAGCCUUCAAAGAAAGGUGUCUCCCUUCCCUUUUCAAAUUGUGUAAGCUACAAUUUACAUUGAUUAUGUUGAACUUAUUAUUUUUCAAAGGAAAUAUUUUAAACUUGUGAAAACUCACUAAUUUUGUUAAUAUUUAUCUAUCAUGAUAGCAUCAUUUCAGUCAGACUUGCUGAGAAUCUAUUGGUGGGGCAAAUAUAAUAUAUAUAUAUGCUGCAUAUAUAUUUAUAAAAUUUCUAGUGGGAGUUCUAUAUAAAAAGAUGUUUCUUUGGUGUUCCUCAUCCUGUGUUUAAAGUUUUACAAAAGCAGAGCUUUUUCCUAAGUUACUCUUCAGUUAACUGCGGAUCCAGUUCUUCCAGCUGCUUCUGUACUGAGGCACAUAUGAAUGCAGUUUGUCUGUGCAGCUCUGAGAGUUCACUUCAUAGAACACAAUACUUGAGCAGAUGUAUCCAAGGAAGUGAGCAGAUGAAAAGGAAUCUAUUUAUGGAAUAAACUCCAAACCUAAAUUUCAGUAUUUUAAUAAUAUGCCAGCUGUUCUUACUGUAUUUAUUAAAAUGUAUAAUAAUGUGAUUUUUUUUUUCAAUGAUAUUACUAGUUCAGAUUGAAAUGGAUUCAUGCCACGUGGAAAUCUUUAAUUUAUUUGUUGAGGUACCAUAUAGUUAGGGUGCUAGCUGAGAGUGAUGCUGACAUGUGCAAUAGGAGCUACUGGCUGGUGUGUAAAUGGAUGCUCUUUCCAAGCACUGUCAAGAUCCAGCGGAACUACUGCUUCUCCAAAGAAAACUGGGAGCCCUCAGUCCUCAGUGGCACGGGAAAGACAACUGAGUACUAGCCCUGUGACUGCAGUUUUCUAUAGGAAUUUUAUUAAAGAUUGUUUAAUUUUGUUGUCCUUCUUAAAUGUUCUCAGUCAAAUAAAUGGGUGGUUUCGGUUGUUUGGGGACAUGUGGGCCUCUUCUUUGUGGGAAACACAGAGUCUUUGGAACCUGCUGCUACUGGGACUGUCCCAGAAUGGCCACGCCAGUGGACAAAACCAGCCUCAGGAGUGGGCUGAGGCUCGACCUCUGCCCAGCUUCCCCUUGCUUUCUAGCUCCACCGUGGACAGUCUGGAAGGCCUCUUGGACUGAUGAGAGCCUAAGUUUGCUCUUAUUACCUCAUCUCCCCUACCUCCGCUGUACUGCGGUCAUGUGCACGUGCGGGUGGGAAAGCCAGGCUGGUGUGGCUCAGUAUGGAGAUAGUGGCAGCACCCCAUCCAUACUCGCUGCACUGCUUGUCUCUGGCUGAGAGGAUGGAAGGCAGAAAACCAGCCACCUGUAGAAUGUGUUAACACUCUAGGCUCUAUAUCCGUCUGCUUGAACAAGGACUGGUUAACAGUGCCUUGACUUUGAGCAAGCUGUAUUUCACAUUUCUCUUCACGCUUGGAUACCAGGCCUGCUACAUAACACCUUUUCUCUCUCUGGCUCUGAGCCGAAGGCCCAGCCUCCCUCCUGGUUGGCUUGAGGACUUGGUGACAGUGUUUGGAGCGUGUCAGGCUAGAGUUAAAACAGACUGCCAGGCAGCACAGCUCUGCAGAUCAUCCAGUCACACUGUGGACAGUGAUUAUUCUUUGUCCCUGGGUGCCUGUUCCUAUGCCUCACUGUAAUUUAUUCAGGUUAGUCAGAUAUGAGCCCAGGCAUUGCGUAUCUGUAAUCCCAAUGCUCAGGACAAGCUACGGUGAAUUUGAUUGAGGUCAGCCUGAGCUAUGUGAGACUCUGACUCAAACCAUCAAGUAGAAAUGGUUUUUAGUAUUUUCUAAACUACUUUUCAGAAAUAUGUAUAUUCCUGCCAUCCUUCCUGCCCACAAGCUAUUUCCUAUUCCCUUCAGUGACUGAGGCACUUACUUCUCCUUUGGCUCAGCAGGCCCUCUUAAAGCAGCAUGAGGUUUUUUACAUCUACCUUGACCAGCUCCUGUUUUGUCCCCUUGGGCCAUACUUAAAACCAGGCACUUGUGCCACAACCCCUUCCAGUGGGUUAAGAAGGCAUUCUUGGAAAAAUGCCUCUGUAAACCUGGGCUGCGGACAGGCCUAUAGGGCACAUGUAGGUUUUUCGAGACGAGGUUUCUCUGUGCAUCUCUGGCUGUCCUGGAACUUUCUCUACAGGCCAGGCUGGCCUCGAACUCAGAGGUCCACCUGCCUCUGUCUCCUGAGUGCUGGGAUUAAAGGCGUGUACCAUCACUGUCCAGCUCUGUAGGGCACCUUGAUUAGUGAUUGAUGUGGAAGGGCCCAGACCAUGUUGGGUGGUGCCACCCCUGAGAUGGUGGUCCCGGGUGCUAUAGGAAAGUAGACUGAGCAAGCCAGUGAGCAGCACUCCUUCAUGGCUUCUGCUUCAGUUCCUGCCUUGGGGUUACUGCCCUGCUUGAGUUUCUGCCCUGACUUCCUGCUGUGACAGACUGUGAUUUGGAACUGUAAGCUGAAAUAAACUCUUUCCUCCCCCGA